AUGGCGAGAGGAAGUGCAACAUCUCUAUAUCGAAUCUAUUCAUCCAGAAAAAAUAUUUCUACGGUUAGGUUUUCUUUAUUGAAUCAUUCAUUCCAUUCUACAAGAGAGCAAAAGGAGUGCUCAAACUCUCUAAAAGGUUCGGUUUUUAUUGAUAUUGAUUACCCAAUACAUCGAAAUUUGACGGGGUGGAUAAACUUACAAUUAGGGUUACGGAAUAAGAAAUCUAGGGAUUUUAACGUUACCCAUUGGAAAUCAUACUCUACAGAGGUUAACGGAAAUGAUGCCAAUAGUAUUCUUCCUGAUUCAACAGCGGUUGAGAGUACAACUGGAAUUGGUAGUUGUUCUGAGAUUGUAUCUGUAGGUGGUGAUGAUCCGGUAAAAUUAUAUCGAGAGCUUCGUGAUUCUGAAGAGAAUGAAGCGAAGCUAACGACGUCUGAGUGGGAUGAUGUAGAUGAGAUUUUCAAUUGCUUUAUUAAAUCAGGAUGGGCUUCUAAUCAAGCUCUUGCGAUUUACAUUGGAUUGUCAUUUUACCCAACAGCUGUUAGAAAGUUUCAAACUUUCUUUAAGAAUGAAUGUACUGGUGAUAUUGCUAAGCAUCUUAUAUCACUGGGUCCAUGUCACGAGUCUGAGAGGUUCCUUUUCCCUAUUUUCGUUGAAUUCUGUUUGGAAGAGUUUCCGGAUGAGAUCAAAAGGUUUCGGGGAAUUCUUGAUUCUGCAGAUUUAACCAAGCCUCACACUUGGUUUCCAUUUGCUAGAGCUAUGAAACGAAAAAUCAUUUACCAUUGUGGGCCGACUAACAGUGGUAAAACUUAUAAUGCCUUGCAGAGGUUUAUGGAGGCCGAGAAAGGUAUUUAUUGUAGUCCUCUAAGACUCUUAGCCAUGGAAGUCUUUGGCAAGGUGAAUGCCCUUGGGGUUUAUUGUAGUCUCCACACUGGGCAGGAAAAGAAGCACGUUCCCUUUUCGAAUCACUCUGCAUGUACUAUGGAGAUGGUUUCUACAUAG